CUCGAAGCUCCACGUAUAGAGGGGGCCGCGCUGUCGUAAGAUAAGGAAAGGAUUCUUGUUGCAAAAUGGUGAGUGUCUCUGUCAUCUCCACGCCGCUCUGCUCACGCGCAGAACGUUGCCACCUCUUCAUCUACACUUCUCUGGCAAACUCCAUCGUCUCCUUUCUCUAUGUCCAUUUGUUCCAAGAUCUAACUCGCUCUGGGGACGUCACUAUUUGUUUUUAUCCGUCGCGUAGGUGGUGCUCUCGGCCGCCUUGCUGACCAAAAAUGGCAAAGUGCUCGUGGCGCGUCAGUUCGUAGAGAUCACCCGCAUCCGUCUCGAGGGUCUGCUAGCAGCGUUCCCUAAACUGCUAUCAAGCGGCUCACGCGAGCACACGUUCAUUGACACGGAGAGUGUGCGCUACGUUUAUCAGCCCUUGGAGAGCUUCUUCGUGCUCAUUAUCACCAACAAGACCAGCAACAUUGUAGAAGAUCUACACACAAUCCAAGUGCUCUCCAAGCUCGUGCCGGACAUCUGCGCGCCGCUGAGCGAGGCGUCCAUCCGUGACAAGCAGUUCGAGUUGGUCUUCGGCUUCGACGAGCUCAUCACGGCCGGCGGCCACUCGGAGAAUAUCAAUGUGUCUCAGAUCCGUGUCAAUAUGGAGAUGGAGAGCCACGAGGAGAAGCUGCACAACAUGAUCCUCGAGAGCAAGCGCGCUGCCGCCAAGGAUGACAUGAAGCGCCACACGGCACGUAUCAAGGAGGAACAGCGUGAACGUGCGCGUCUGGAGCGUGCUGGAAUGGGCGGCAGUGGGUUCGGAUCGCAGAAUUCGUUUGGUAGUUCGUUCAGCAACGCGUUCAAGUCGCCACGUAGCGGUGGCAGCAGUGACAGCUUCAUGAACAGCCCCAGAUCUCCAGCUGCGACCUCUCCGAUCUCAUACAACAGCCGUCCUGAGCCUGUGGUGUCCAAGGCUGCUGGUAUGAAGCUGGGCAGCUCGAGUAGCAGCAAAGGGAUGGGUCUGGGUAGCGGCGGCAAGUCGUUCAUGGACGCUAUGGCCGCUGAGGACGGACUGAAGGAGAUCCCGCCUAUGAGUGCAGCUGUGGAGACUGUGCAAAAGCCUGAAGUAGCUGUUGCAGUCAGCCACGACCCGAUUGGAGCUGUGGUGGAGGAGAAGAUUACGGUUGUGUUGACUCGUGACGGCGCAUUGGAGCAGCUGGAGGUUAAGGGCAGUAUGUACGUGUCAGUGAACGAUCCGAGCGCUGGCUGCUGCCAUCUUAAGCUGCGUACAGGAGGCGUGGAAGGUAUUUCGUUCCAGACUCAUCCUAAGGUGGACAAGAAACUCUAUGAUAGCGACUCGGUGCUGGCUCUGCGAGAUCCGACCAAGCCCUUCCCUACGUCUCGUGUCGCGUUCCUGCGGUGGAGCUUGAAAACACAGGACGAGUCGAUGCUGCCACUGAACAUUACGUGCUGGCCCGAAGAGGAAGGCAACGGCAAGAUGAACGUCAGUGUCGAGUAUUCCUUGGACCGCGACAUGGUGCUGGACAAUGUGAAUGUUGUGAUCCCCCUCGGAGGCUCUGACGCCCCCAGUGUGGCAAACGUGGACGGACAAUACCAGCACAACUCGGCCGAAGGAUCGCUUCUUUGGCAUCAGGACCAGAUCAGCUCUGCGAACAAUUCGGGCACGCUGGAGUUCUCGAUUCGCGGCAACAACAUGGACGCGUUCUUCCCCAUCUCCGUCUCGUUCUUUUCGCGCAGCGUGUAUAGCGACGUACAGGUGGAGGCUGUUCAGAAGAUCGAGGACGGCUCGCCCAUUGCGUUUGGGUUCGAGAAGCUGCUCUCCACGGACUCGUACCAGAUUGUUUAGAAAUUCCUUCACGUAAGACCGGCGCGCGUGUGGCUGCUAAGAUAGCAGACAGUCUACUCUUAUCGCGUGUUGUUUGUCCCCAUCGUGGCUUUAAACCAGAAACAGAUACAAAAUCAAAGCCAAACUGUGUGUGUUUUGUGCGUUCUA